AGGUAAAAUUAUGAAUAUUAUUUAAGCAAGACGAGAACAUCAAACACAGUGUUGGUUAACUUGGUUUAUUAAACAAUUGCAGUCUAAAGUAUGCCAGUUUCUACGGGUAUGCCUGCGAAUGCAAAGCCUCAACAAAGUAGCAAGCAACAUGGUGCUUUACAAAUGGUUCACUGGUUCGUUGCAUCUUGCUAUACAUCUGGAAGCUUCACAGAAGAAAGAGUCCAAAGUUCGGUGAUGUUGCUACGUCGUGUGCCAGCGUCCAGACACGCAGUCCUUCAUAGAUUCUCUGCACUCUUUGAAGAAGCAGUGAGACUUCAUCUUGACCACAUGGAAUACCAAGCAUCAGCACAAGGUAUCAGCCCAGAGAUUGCUGGUAGUCUGGAGUUGGUAAUUAAAACUUUAAUGAGUUUACUACAAGAGAAUGGUAAAGCAUGGGCUCCCAUUCUCUGCAAAUGGUCAGUGGAUUCACUUGGUGAGAUUAGCAGUUGUUGCAAACAACGCCAAGUAGUUCCAUCGCCAACAGAUCUCGAUUCAUUACUUCAAUUCUGGUUAAAUUUGAUUCCAAUGCGAAUGUUGCUGGAUACUUACAGAGCUUGUAUCAAAAUAUUAAUAGUAGACAACCCAGGAUGUGUGGACACUCUUCUCACCUCAUCAUGCCAGCAUUCCCCUUACUUUGACUGGGUAGUAGCCGAUGUUGGAGCUGCAUUCCCUCAUAUUGUUGCUCAAAGAAUCCUUUAUUCUGGUUUCGAUAAAUUCUGCGCUCUCAGAUUUGGAAACAUCGAACCUUCUGCUUCUGUUUCAAUGAAUGAAAAUGAACAAAGUGUUUUGUCGUCUGUUGUGCGAGUGUUGGAACAUUUGGUUCGAAGGAAUAAGGAUAAAGUUUGUUCAAUCAUGCUGCUCAUGUACAAGCAAUCUGGAAAGGUUAAAGCUGGAAAUAAUACGAAGAUGAGAGUUGCAUUAUACCUCAUGCAGUUGUUUUCAAUGUCAAAUAUUCUACUCAGAUCAACUACAGUUAUAUUCCUUCCUGAAAUUGAUGGUGCCUCACUCAAUAACUUACAUCAACAAUAUGAGAGUUUGGGAUCUGGAGCUGCUGAAAUUGAAACGUUAUGCAGUUUAGUCGUCCAUCUGGUUUGUCAAUCUGGUGUUGGGUCUUACCAACUUAUAAGGUUAAUAUUGGAUGCUGCAAGCCCAAGAAGUAAUCCUGCUUUGGUUGGAUUGAAUACAAAAGUUCAAAAGUUCUUCAGGAAAAUAAUGCCUUCAUUAUCGAGUGAUCUUCAACACUUAGCGCUAAGCAAGGGAGUUUCCCCAAACGAGGACAACGUUUUCAAAGAGUUGGAGGUUCAUUAUAAAGACUUAUGUAAAGAUCUGUUGACUUCUUCCUCUAAUGAAAGAAAGAAUUGGAUUCACACACUCAUAGUUGCGUUAUGUCUUCACCAACAUUCAGAUAUUGUAAUGAAAGAAAUUCUCAUUCAGUCGACCAAGUCAUCAGACAUUGAAUGCUUUAUUAAACUCUAUAAUGAGAUGUAUCCAGUGUUGCCAGGAUUAUUAGGUGGCGUAUUAAAACAAUCAUUCAGCUCAGUUCCACAAUUAUCAAACAAACAAUCAACAAACUUACUUUCAAGUGUUCUAUAUAUGGCUUCGAGUGACUUCUUGACUUCUGCUGCUUCCAAUUUUAAACAAAAAUUACGAAAACAACUAGUUGGUUUUAUUGAUAACCUAAUGACGAUCACCAGUCAUCUAUCCUCGCCCAUCCCCCUCGCCUCAUUGGCUGUCCAGAUUCUAUACCUACUUAUGACAUCACAAUCACAAAACGAGAUACAGCUUCCCACACGAUUGCUACCGAUGACAAGAUGUUUGGUAUUUUACUUCUACAGGCUGUUGCAUGCAGGUCAUGUCAACAACGACUCAUCUAUGCUUCACUGCCAACAAACGCUCACACAACUCGCACAAACUCCACAAACUUUCUCAGUUGUUUCACAAUUUCUACUCGAAGCUGCAGUGAGGCAGAACAACAGCAUCCUCUUUGGAAGAAGAGUUGAGCAGGAGCUAGAUGAGGAUGUGGAUUCCAGUGAUCCUUGUAUCGAGCACCAAAUCUCCCUCAUCACCCUCCACAGGAAGAUAUCUUCCAACAUCCGGACACGGAGGCAGAUGGUGGGCUUCGUUCCUAUAGGGGUCGAAACCGGUUUAAUCGGGAGUGGACCGAAACGAAAGAAGAAAUGUCCGGUUUCAAAGACCUUUCAAACCAGCAGCAACGAGUGUUUGAGCCUCCUCAUAUAUCGAUGUUGUUGCAAAACAAGUGGGGGCGACAACUUAUGCUCAAUCCCCGAUGUCCAGCAUGUGUUUGAUGCAGAUAAACUGAUAAUUUUAUCAGAGCGACUUAUUUCAUCUUUUGCUGCUUCGUCUUCUUAUCUAGCCACAGCUGUAACACUAGAUGGGGACAUGGAGUGGCCCGUGUGUCACAUGCGCAAGUUUACUAUAGAAAGGGAUCUGAAGGUGUUUCAUUUUAUGGAUGAACAUCCUUUUGCUUGGAGUCUCCUGCAACUUAUUGCCCAUAACCAUCGUGCCUUAUGGAACAUAACACCGUUGAUAAGAUCCUGUAUGUCGGUGCUUAUCAGCCAUUUUGAAUCAAGUCGUGAGAGUGAAGUCUGUCCAACGGAUUCUCUGCAUUAUUUAUCUGCUGUCAGAAUUGUGGAGAUUCUUGGAAAGGGACAAAUAAUUCCUCCCCCACUAAGCUACUGUGCAGAGAUCUUCUGUCUUAUUUCUCCAUAUGAGGUUUAUAUUCUUUUGGUGAUUCUUUGGAACUUUAUAAAGGAACAUCCCCCACCCAGUGAUGCCGAACAUUUAUCCAAUGGAAGGGACUUUAAUAAAGAAAAGCUGAACAUGCAACCGUAUCUGGCAACACUGCACACAGUGAUACAUGCAAAUAUAACAAAACUUGGUCCGUGCGCAGCAAAAUUUACAGUUUUGAAGUGAAAAUAAAGGCAAAGAUAUGUACA